CAUAACUUUGCCAAUUUAUUUUCCAACUAACUAUUCUUUUUGUUUCUUUAUUUAUUCAUUCAUUCCUUUGCUUGCUACGGCUAGUUUUCCUUUUUCUUUCAAGUCAACAAUCACUUCAGCUUUUGGUUACAAAAGAAAUAACUUAUACAUCCUAAAAAGAAAUGGAAAUGGAAGGGGAUAUCAGUUUGAAUGAAGAUGUUGCAAGUAUUCAACCAAAAGUAGGUUCUGACAGCAAGCAAGAUUCAGAGAAGAACAAGGCUAAAGAUGAAACCACAAAUACAGUACCCUUAUACAAGCUUUUCUCAUUUGCUGAUUCUUUGGAUCAUUUAUUGAUGUUUGUGGGGACUGUUGGUGCUAUUGGGAAUGGAAUCUCCGUACCUUUGAUGACUUUAAUAUUUGGAAGUAUGAUCAAUGCAUUUGGAGAAUCUACAAACACUAAAGAAGUUGUUGAUGAAGUUUCCAAGGUGUCCUUGAAAUUCGUAUACUUGGCUGCGGGUACCUUCACCGCGUCUUUUUUGCAAUUGACUUGCUGGAUGAUCACUGGGGAGAGACAGGCUGCAAGAAUUAGAGGCUUAUACCUCCAAACAAUUUUGAGGCAAGAUGUGAGUUUCUUUGAUGAGGAAACUAAUACUGGAGAGGUUAUUGGAAGAAUGUCCGGUGAUACUGUUCUUAUUCAAGAUGCCUUGGGUGAGAAGGUGGGGCAGUUUAUACAAUUAGGGGCUACUUUCUUUGGAGGUUUUGUGGUAGCAUUCAUAAAGGGAUGGCUUCUAACUGUUGUCAUGAUGUCUAGUAUACCAUUUAUUGUCUUGUUUGGUGCCAUGACGAGCACAGUUAUUGCAAAAGCAUCAUCAUCUGGACAAACAGCUUAUUCUAAAGCAGCAAGUGUAGUAGAGCAGACAGUUGGUUCUAUCCGAACUGUUGCGUCUUUCACUGGAGAGAAACAAGCCAUAGCUAAAUAUGAUAAUUCCUUAAUUGAUGCUUACAAAACUGUAGUGAAAGAGGCACUAGCUUCUGGUUUGGGGUUUGGUUCACUCUACCUUGUUAUUAUCUGCACUUAUGGUUUGGCAGUAUGGUUAGGCGGGAAAAUGAUAAUAGAGAAAGGAUACAAAGGAGGGGAAGUUGUAACUGUAAUUUUUGCUGUAUUGACUGGCUCCAGGUCACUGGGGCAGGCAUCUCCAUGCUUGAGUGCUUUUGCUGCAGGACAAGCUGCAGCCUUUAAGAUGUUUGAAACGAUUAAAAGGAAACCAGAAAUCGAUGCUUAUGAUACUACUGGGCGAAAGCUUGAUGACAUUCGCGGUGACAUAGAGCUUAGAGAGGUUUGCUUUAGUUAUCCUACAAGGCCAGAUGAACUGAUAUUCAAUGAGUUUUCUCUUUCAAUACCUAGUGGGGCUACUGUAGCUUUGGUAGGGCAAAGUGGGAGUGGGAAGUCCACAGUUGUCAGUUUGAUAGAGAGAUUUUAUGAUCCACAAGCUGGUGAAGUUCUCAUUGAUGGUAUCAACCUCAAAGAAUUUCAACUGAAAUGGAUCAGACAGAAAAUAGGCCUAGUUAGUCAGGAACCAGUUCUCUUUACUUGUAGCAUUAAAGAAAAUAUUGCUUAUGGCAAGGAUGGUUCAACCGAUGAAGAAAUCAGAGCUGCAGCAGAACUUGCUAAUGCCUCCAAAUUUAUAGAUAAACUUCCUAAGGGACUAGACACAAUGGUCGGUGAGCAUGGAACUCAGCUCUCUGGGGGUCAAAAGCAAAGAGUUGCAAUAGCAAGAGCAAUUUUGAAAGACCCAAGAAUCCUACUUCUGGAUGAAGCUACAAGUGCCCUUGAUGCAGAAUCUGAGAGAACAGUACAAGAGGCAUUGGACAGAAUAAUGAUAAAUCGGACAACUAUCGUCGUAGCUCACCGCUUAAGUACUAUAAGAAAUGUCGAUACCAUUGCUGUCAUUCAUCAAGGAAAAUUAAUUGAAAGAGGUUCACAUGCUCAGCUCACAAGAGAUCCUGAUGGAGCCUAUAGCCAGUUGAUUAGACUGCAAGAAAUGAAGGGGUCAGAACAGAAUGCUGCAAAUGACACAAACAAGUCAAACAGUAUAGUGCUAUCUGAGAGACGGUCAAGUCAUAGAUCUUUAUCCUCAAGAUCUAUAAGCCAAGUAUCAUCUGGGGGUGGAAACAGCGAUCGCCAUUCGUUCUCAGCUUCAUAUAUUGUGCCAGCCACAAUAGUUGGCUUCUCAGAAACUGCAGACGGUGAACCUCAAGCUCCUCCUUCAACAGUUUCUUCACCACCAGAAGUAUCACUUUAUCGCCUGGCCAAUUUGAACAAGCCUGAGAUUCCAGUUUUAUUGAUGGGGGCUGUAGCUGCAGUGUUAAAUGGAGUGAUAAUGCCCAUUUUUGGGCUCUUGCUUUCUAAAAUGAUAAGUAUUUUCUACGAGCCAGCUGACGAACUUCGUCACGAUUCAAAAGUCUGGGCGUUAGUAUUUGUCGCGCUUGGUGUGGCGUCGUUUUUCAUUUUUCCAUGCAGAUUCUACUUUUUUGGCAUUGCUGGAGGCAAGUUGAUCAAAAGGGUAAGGAAAGUGUGUUUUGAGAAGGCAGUUAACAUGGAAGUAAGUUGGUUCGAUGAAGGUGAGCAUUCAAGUGGAGCAAUUGGAGCCAGGCUGUCAACCGAUGCAGCUUCGAUUCGAGCUUUGGUUGGUGAUGCACUUGGUUUACUGGUUCAAAAUAUUGCUACAGCAAUCGCUGGUUUGGUAAUUGCUUUUGCAGCAAGCUGGCAGCUUGCUCUUAUAAUCCUUGCUAUCGUGCCUCUACUAGCAAUAAAUGGAUUUUUGCAAGUUAAGUUCUUGAAAGGAUUCAGCACAGAUUCAAAGAAAUUGUAUGAGGAAGCAAGUCAAGUUGCAAAUGAUGCAGUAGGGAGUAUAAGAACAGUUGCUUCUUUCUGUUCUGAAGAGAAGGUGAUGGAAUUAUAUCAGCAAAAAUGUGAAGGACCAAUUAAGACAGGCAUAAGGAGAGGGAUAAUAAGUGGAUUUGGUUUUGGAAUAUCAUUCUUCGUGUUUUAUGCAGUUUAUGCCUGCAGUUUUUAUGCUGGAGCGCGUCUCGUUGAGGAUGGAAAAUCUUCAUUCUCGGAUGUUUUCCGAGUCUUUUUUGCUCUAAGCAUGGCAGCUUUAGGACUAUCUCAAUCAGGGUCCUUGGUACCUGAUUCAACUAAGGCAAAAAGUGCAGCUGCUUCCAUAUUUGCUAUUCUUGAUAGGAAAUCACUCAUAGAUCCAAGUGAUGAAUCAGGAAUGACAUUGGAAGAAGUCAAGGGAGAAAUUGAGUUUAACCAUGUCAGUUUCAAGUAUUCUACAAGACCUGAUAUUCAAAUAUUCAGAGAUCUUUGCUUGAAAAUUCAUAGUGGCAAGACAGUAGCACUGGUUGGAGAAAGUGGAAGUGGAAAAUCAACGGUUAUCUCAUUACUUCAAAGAUUUUAUGAUCCAGACUCAGGUCACAUUACACUUGAUGGAAAAGAAAUCCAAAGUCUACAAGUGAAAUGGCUGAGACAACAGAUGGGACUGGUAAGCCAAGAGCCUGUUCUUUUCAAUGACACCAUUAGAGCCAACAUUGCAUAUGGAAAAGGAGGAGAUGCAUCAGAGGCAGAGAUUAUAGCUGCUGCAGAAUUGGCAAAUGCUCACAAGUUUAUUAGUAGUUUGCAGAAGGGUUAUGAUACAAUAGUAGGAGAGCGAGGAGUUCAAUUAUCUGGGGGACAAAAGCAGCGUGUGGCAAUUGCAAGAGCUAUAGUGAAGAAUCCAAAAAUAUUACUUCUAGAUGAAGCAACAAGUGCACUUGAUGCUGAGUCUGAAAAAGUGGUACAAGAUGCACUUGACCGUGUUAUGGUGGAAAGAACCACUAUAAUAGUGGCUCAUAGGUUAUCAACUAUUAAGGGUGCAGAUUUAAUUGCAGUAGUUAAGAAUGGUGUUAUAGCAGAGAAAGGAAAACAUGAAACAUUGCUACAUAAGGGUGGUGACUAUGCUUCCUUAGUGGCAUUGUACACGAGUGCUUCUAAAUAGAUGUUUCAGAUUUUGUCCUUCUCUAAGCUUUCCUUCUAUGGCUUUAUUUUUUUUAUGCAAUAUUAAAUUUUUUUUUUUA